GGAAGAUGGGGACUAUAACCAGUGUGAAUACAGCCAAGGUGUUGAGGAUGACUUUGAGUGGGAGCUGAUCCGGAGCUACCUCAUGCCUCAUAUGACCUCUGACCUUCCUCACGGCUCCUACCUGAUGGUCAACUCUUCUCAGCAUGCGCAGGGGCAGAAAGCGCACAUCCUCUUCCAGACGCUGAGCGAGAAUGACACCCAUUGCCUCCAGUUCAGCUACUUCAUGUACAGCCGUGAUGGACAUAGCCCCGGGACAUUGAAUGUCUAUGUGAAAGUGAAUGGGGGCCCGCUGGGCAGCGUGGUGUGGAACGUCUCUGGCUCCCAUGGGCGGCAGUGGCACCAAGUGGAGCUGGCUGUCAGCAUGUUUUGGCCCAAUGAAUACCAGGUUCUGUUUGAGGCAGUGAUCUCCAAUGAACGCCGAGGGUACCUCGGAUUGGAUGACAUUCUGCUCUUAAAUUAUCCCUGCUCAAAAGCCCCACAUUUUUCCAGGCUGGGUGAUGUGGAGGUGAAUGCUGGACAGAAUGCCACCUUUCAGUGUGUGGCUGCGGGCAAGGCUUCUGAGACAGAGAGGUUCCUCAUGCAGAGGCAGAAUGGAGAGAUUGUCCCAGCCGCCUCAGUGAAACAUAUCAGCCACAGGAGAUUCCUGGCUUCUUUUCAACUGGACAAAGUUUCUAAAGGAGACCAGGACUUCUACCGUUGUGUCACCCACUCCGGGAGGGGCUCUGGUGUUUCCAACUUCGCGGAGCUGAUUGUGAAAGAACCACCCACCCCCAUUGCACCCCCACAACUGCUGAGAGCAGGCUCAACAUACCUGAUCAUCCAGCUCAACACCAAUUCCAUCAUCGGAGACGGUCCUAUUGUAAGGAAAGAAAUUGAGUACCGAAUGACCUCGGGGCCGUGGUCAGAAGUGCACGCCGUGAACAUGCAGACCUACAAGUUGUGGCACCUGGAUCCAGACACAGAAUAUGAGAUCAGUGUCUUGCUCACCCGUCCAGGAGAUGGAGGGACUGGAAAACCUGGGCCUCCUCUCAUCAGCAGAACAAAAUGUGCAGAACCCAUGAGGGCUCCUAAAGGCCUUGCUUUUGCUGAGAUCCAGCCCAGGCAGCUGACGCUUCAGUGGGAGCCUCUGGGCUACAACCUGACCCGCUGUCACACGUACACCGUCACCCUCUGCUAUCGCUACGCGGUGGGCACUGGCCACAACCAGACCUUCCGGGAGUGCGUGAAGAUGGAGCGGAACGUCAACCGCUACACGAUCAAGAACCUACAGCCUUAUAAAAACGUCCAUGUCAAACUCAUUCUCUCUAAUCCCGAGGGCAGGAAAGAAGGCAAAGAGAUGGUGUUUCAGACCGACGAAGAUGUUCCUGGAGGCAUCGCUUCAGAGUCCCUCACUUUUACCCCACUGGAGGACAUGAUUUUUCUAAAGUGGGAGGAACCAGUGGAACCCAAUGGUCUGAUAACUCAGUAUGAGAUCAGCUACCAGAGCAUCGAAUCCUCUGAUCCUGCAGUAAAUGUGCCUGGCCCGCGACGAACUGUUUCUAAGCUUCGAAAUGAAACAUACCAUGUUUUUUCCAACCUGCAUCCUGGAACAACCUACCUCUUCUCAGUUCGGGCACGGACUGGCAAGGGCUUUGGACAAACAGCUCUGACUGAGAUCACAACCAACAUCUCAGCUCCCAGCUUUGAUUAUGGGGACAUGCCCUCCCCACUGGGCGAGUCGGAGAGCACCAUCACUGUUCUGCUGAGGCCAGCACAGGGCAGAGGUGCCCCAAUCAGCACAUACCAAGUCGUUGUGGAAGAGGACAGGCCCAAGAAAAUCAAGCGAGAGGCAGGUGGUCAGGAGUGCUUCCCAGUGCCGCUCACCUUUGACGACGCAAUGUCCCGCGGGUCUGUUCACUACUUUGGAGCUGAGCUUCCACCCAGCAGCCUCACGGAAGCCAAGCCUUUCACUGUAGGAGACAAUCAAACAUACAGUGGCUACUGGAAUCCACCUCUGGAGCCCAAGAAGGCUUAUCUCAUCUAUUUCCAGGCUAUGAGCAACCUCAAAGGGGAAACAAGAUUGAAUUGCAUCCGAAUUGCUCGGAAAGCUGCCUGCAAAGAAAGCAAGCGUCCCCUGGAAGUGUCCCAACACUCAGAGGAGAUGGGGCUCAUCCUAGGCAUUUGCGCUGGAGGGCUGGUGGUACUGAUCAUCCUCUUGGGGGCCAUCAUUGUUGUCAUUCGGAAAGGGAGGAACUACUAUUCCUAUUCCUAUUAUCCGAAGCCAGUCAACAUGGCCAAAGCAACAAUCAACUACCGAAAUGAGAAGACACACAUGAUGAAUGCGAUAGAUCGGAGCUUUACAGACCAGAGUACCCUGCAGGAGGACGAGAGGCUGGGCUUGUCCUUCAUGGACACACACAACUACAGCAACAGAGGUGAUCAGCGCAGCAGUGUCGUCAAUGAGUCCAGCAGUUUGUUAGGGGGUUCUCCUCGAAGGCAGUGUGGACGCAAAGGCUCCCCUUAUCAUACUGGCCAGCUCCACCCUGCGGUCCGAGUGGCUGAUCUUCUCCAGCACAUCAACCAGAUGAAGACUGCAGAAGGCUAUGGUUUCAAACAGGAGUAUGAGAGUUUCUUUGAAGGAUGGGAUGCUUCAAAGAAGAAAGACAAGACCAAAGGGCGACAGGAUCACAUACCUACCUAUGAUCGACAUCGUGUUAAACUGCAUCCACUUCUUGGAGAUCCCAACUCAGACUAUAUAAAUGCCAACUAUAUUGAUAUUCGGAUAAAUCGAGAAGGCUAUCACAGAUCCAACCACUUCAUAGCAACUCAAGGCCCUAAGCAGGAGAUGGUCUACGAUUUUUGGAGAAUGGUGUGGCAAGAACACUGUUCCAGCAUAGUGAUGAUAACAAAGCUGGUGGAAGUGGGAAGGGUAAAAUGCUCCAAGUACUGGCCAGAUGACACAGAGAUGUAUGGUGACAUUAAAAUUACUCAGGUGAAGUCAGAGACCCUGGCAGAAUAUGUUGUGAGGACAUUCAAUCUGGAGAGGAGAGGCUAUUCAGCAAGACACGAGGUAAAGCAGUUCCAUUUCACAUCAUGGCCAGAACAUGGGGUGCCUUAUCAUGCUACUGGUCUCCUGGCAUUCAUUCGCAGAGUGAAGGCAUCGACGCCUCCCGAUGCAGGGCCCAUCGUCAUCCAUUGCAGUGCUGGCACAGGGAGAACAGGAUGCUACAUCGUCCUGGAUGUGAUGCUCGAUAUGGCUGAGUGUGAGGGCGUUGUGGACAUAUACAACUGUGUGAAGACACUGUGCUCACGGAGAAUCAACAUGAUCCAGACUGAAGAGCAAUAUGUAUUCAUCCAUGAUGCCAUUUUGGAAGCCUGCCUGUGUGGGGAAACCAGCAUUCCAAUUAGUGAAUUCAGGCCCACGUAUAAAGAGAUGGUCAGGAUAGAUCCGCAGAGCAACUCAUCACAGUUGCGGGAGGAGUUCCAGACUCUGAAUUCUGUAACACCCCACCUGGAUGUCGAGGAGUGCAGCAUCGCCCUUCUACCACGCAAUCGGGAGAAGAAUCGUAGUAUGGACGUGCUGCCUCCUGACCGGUGCCUCCCCUUCUUGAUCUCCAUGGACGGAGAUAGCAACAACUACAUCAAUGCGGCCUUAACUGAUAGCUACACAAAGAGCGCUGCCUUCAUUGUGACCUUGCAUCCGCUGCAGAAUACCAUCACAGAUUUCUGGAGACUGGUGUAUGACUAUGGCUGCACCUCCAUUAUCAUGCUGAACCAACUCAACCAGUCUAACUCUGCCUGGCCUUGUUUACAGUAUUGGCCUGAGCCAGGAUUGCAGCAGUACGGGCCGAUGGAAGUGGAAUUCAUUUCUAGAUCAGCUGAUGAGGAUGUUAUUGCUCGUCUUUUCCGGGUACAGAAUAUAACACGGUUGCAGGAGGGGCAUCUGAUGGUUCGACACUUUCAGUACCUGCGAUGGUCAGCAUACAGAGACAUCCCAGAUUCUAAGAAGUCUUUCCUGCAUUUAUUAGCCCAAGUAGAGAAGUGGCAGGUGGAGAGUGGUGACGGAAGGACAAUCGUGCAUUGUUUGAAUGGGGGUGGCCGGAGUGGCACUUUCUGUGCCUGCACCAUGAUCUUGGAGAUGAUCAAGUGUCACAAGCUGGUGGAUGUUUUCUUUGCUGCCAAAACCCUCCGUAACUACAAGCCAAAUAUGGUUGAGACUUUUGAACAAUACCACUUCUGCUAUGACAUAGCCCUGGAAUACCUGGAAUCCUUGGAGACCAGAUAGCACCCUGCCUGGAAGCACCCAGGCAAAGUGUUUAUUUUGGAGUUUGGGCCAAAUGUGCGGAAAAAGCACAGAGACUUUUAAAUACGAGCAAGAAAAGGGAGGAGGAGAACCAAACAAAGAAAAGGAAAAAUGGAAAGAAAAAGAACGAUGACUCAAAGGAAAGAUGUGGCGUUGUGUUGUCCAUCCCUUCUCUUCAUUUUUCUGCCUAACCUCCCACUCCUGCCCCUCUAGAGGCAACCAGUGCAGAACCUACACCAACUCAUCCCAUGUACACAGUGAUGUGUAUGUGCCAGCCAAGAGUUUGGUACCUGCGUGUUGUUUGUAUAUGUAUGGACAUUGGUGCCCAGAGAUGGCUAGAUCUCCUUGUGAUUAUACCAGUUGCAGCCUGAAGUGGACCAAAAUGGCUGACAGCAGGAGGAAAAAGCAAAGUUCAGCAUCUUUCAACAAGAGAUGCAAGGAAGCUGUGUAACCUCCUGACCAUCUACCACUGAAGAAGAUUUUUGGAGCAGAUGAUGCAAGAUCACCAUUAUUUGGGAAGCUAUGUGCCAUGUUGGACUGGGAGUACUAAUGGGGCCUGUACAGUUCUCUUUCUGUGUUUAUAACUAUACAUUUCCUGUUUCCAGACUAAUGUCUGCCUCCAAAGAGAGUUUUUGAAUCUCUACCUGUCCAACUUUUGGUAGGAGAGCUGCAAGUAGAAAUAAGCAGCUAAAGAGUCAAUCCUCUUGGUCACUUAAUAAGGGGAAAGCACAUAGGCUGUUUGCUCAAAAGUUAAGGCACUCCACAUAGGAUUUUUUUUAGCACACACCAUUUCUGCCUGGAUACUCCAAACUUCCAGCAUUGCAAGGGGCUUCCUUUACAGGUGGCAAUUGUCCUCCUCCCUUUCAGUGCAUUUCAAGAGGGCUACCCAAACAUGGAAGCAUUCAUAUGAUCACACUAUUUUUUCCAAAUUGUAGCUAUUAGAGUUCAAAGAGAGACAUGCACGUUAGUUUGGAUUCCAUCUGCAAGCAGUCAAACAUAAUUUAACUCCCUUCCAAAUGGAUCCAUUGAUAUUUAUAAGAAUCUGUAGGCAAGUGGUUUUGAGUGCAGAUUAAGAGGUUAGAGUAGAUCCAGAUGCAGUCUUUUGAAAGGUCAAAUGUAAGCCUUGGGGUGCUUGCUUGGCUGUGUCUUUAGGACUGAAAGAGGUGACCUAUAGUUGAUUUAAGCACUUAUGACUAGCAUGGCUGGAGGUCAUAUUGACUUGGAUACGUAAACUCAUUUUGCUUAUGUUCAGGAAGGGAUAGUUCCAUAUUUCCAUUGUGCAAUCAUUGCAGCUCAUUGGCUGUCUGCGAUGAGCCAGAACUUGAAAAGCAUCAUUUAUUAUGGUUACUAGCAUAAAUAUAACAGAGUUGAAGCACCAUGCUGACCAAAAAUAGCUUAUUCAGUUUGUGUCUUCAGCUCCAGUGUUGGAUCAGGCUGGAGGCAAGGAUUCGGCAUCCUUGGGGCUGCCAGACACACAAUCCUUCAUUUCCUUUCCUCUUUCAGUCAGGUUAAUUGGUCUUUUCAUUUGUAUCCCACUCAUAAUAUUAAAUACAACAGAGCUCAUCAUAGAGGAGUAUUCAAGCCUGCAUAGCACUCAAGUGUGUUUUGCAUGGUAAUCGCUGUACCACAUUCUCUUGCUUGAAGAACCAAGGACUUUCUGCAUAGCCCUGCUGAGUAACGUCGACCAAGAUUGUCUGACUGGUGCCUCUUUGCCUGCCUGCCUCCAUAAUAACCCAAAGUCUAUAAUUUUAGAACUGCCCAUUGAAGACAAGUGGGUGUGUAAACCUCUUACAUGUGAUCACAUCCUCAUGUAACACCACUGAAUGGCAAUGGUGCUGGUAUGCACUUGUGUGCAUGGCCGGAAGCAUCAUGUUGCUGAAAAAAAUAAAGGAAUAUUUGCAAAGGCAUUAUUAGACCCAUAAUGGAAGGACUUGAAUCACUGCCUUACUUUUCCCCCCAAAGAGGAAGGAAAUGCGUCAUGCCCAAGUUACUGGUUGAACUAGGAAAAAUAAGGGAAACUUUUGGGUAUAAUAUAGAUAUGCAUUUGCCCCAAACCAAAAGCAAAGGGGAAUGAAUGGGCAUGAAUAGGAAACAUGUCUAGCACUUCCAUUUAGGGGAUGUCUUACCUUCCUGGAAGGCAACCAGAGUUUUCAUUGCCAGCCACUCUUGGCAACUGCCAUUUGGUGUUACUCCCAGAAUGCUCAGGAUUUUGUAUUUUUUCAGAGCAUACUCAAGAUGGGUUGGAGUGCAAUUGUGGCCAACUGUUGUUCUGUGUAGAUGGCUGCUUUUCAUCCAUAAUGUCUUGGAAUGCAAAGUAUAGGCCAUUAUGGGAAAUGAAGAAUGGCAGCCAUUAAGAGGUGUUUGCUCAACUGUUGACGCCCACCAUGUGAGCCCAACUAGGAGUUUGAGAGGAAUGAAAUACUAAGGUAUGAAGCAAGAAGCAGGAAAGAUAAACGGGAUACCAACAUUGUGUGUGGUGUUAGUGGGGUAUCCUAGCCCAUUCUUUGUGGGCAUUGCUGUCUGACAGUGUUAUAAGCACUUAGGAUCUUUUAUAUGCCAUUGCUGGCUUUUGUAUCCAGCCCACCAAUGGUGCCUCUGGAAAGAUUUAGGACAUCACUCUCCUGUAGUGCUCAAAGCAAAUCGAUAGGCCGCUGUGUGGAAACAAGAAUCAAAUUAGUUCAGCCUAGCUAAGAAGCGGUGAGCAAGAUCCCAGGAUAUCAGCCUGCAGUUAUGCAGGAUACAAGCACCAGAGCAAGAAAGAGAAAUAUAUGAUGGUAGGAUUUUUGGAAUUGAAAAAGCAUAUAGGCUGAAACUUAAGGGCUGCUCCAUGUAUUUCUUUCUUUUUUUCUUUUCUUAAUGGAAAGAUUAUUUCUGUUAAUGUUAACUUGUGAACUGCAACAGAUGAGCACCAUGGAUUUAUUUUAAAACCUUUUUUUUACAGGAAAUGUAUUGAAAAGGACAUGCCUGUGGAACAAUUUCACAGGAGUGCUGGAGCUGGUACAUGGGCAAAGAAUUCAGUUUACAGUGGUGCCUCGCGCAACGAUUGCCUCGCGCAACGAUUAAUCUGCA